CGAGGGUCCCCUGACUUUUUGUCAGGUGAUAAAUUCUGGUGGAUCUGUGCGGAAAAAUCAAAGAUGCUAGUGUGAUAUUCCGGCGGAACAACGCAUCGAUCUCGCUAUGCUCGCACAAGCCCGAGUCGUCGGCCAGACACGGACUUCGCAGUAUCCACGGGCUCACCUAGUCAUUUGGUGCGAGCACUCGGCUGCAGACGUGUUCCGGUCUCACUCUGUCACCUCGUGUAUCAGCGAACAAGUUCGAGAUUCACCGCGAUUCGACUACGCUGCGAUAACACGUGCACCGGGAUGAAAGACAUUCGCGCGCAGUUUCAGAAAAAUGGCUACGUCAUUUUGGAGGACUUCUUUCGACCGGAAGAGAUCGAAGAAUUGAGAGCUUGUGGAGAAGAAUUAACGAAUAAAUUGCCACCUGAAUCGGAACGAAAAGUAUUCAAUACGAUACAGUUACAACAGAAUAAGGAUAAGUAUUUUUUGGAUAGCGCCAAUAAAAUAAGUGUUUUCUUUGAGACUGAAGCUCUGGAAGAGGACGGGAAAUUGAAGGUUCAUCCAAGAGUGUCAUUAAACAAAGUAGGCCACGCUCUUCAUUGGUUACAUCCUACUUUCAAAAAGUACACGUUCGAUGAGAGAGUCAAAGAAGUUGCUUUCCAAUUAGACUACGAGGAACCAGUCGUAUGCCAAUCAAUGUACAUUUACAAAAAUCCCGGAAUAGGCUCGGAAGUUACGAUGCAUCAGGACGCAUCAUAUUUAUAUGUUGAACCGGUGAAACUCCUGGGUUUCUGGAUUGCAUUGGAGGAUGCAACGCUAGAAAACGGAUGUCUAUGGAUCGCUCCGGGCUCACAUCAGAGCGGAGUGCACAGGCGUUAUAUGAGAAACAAAGAUCCGAAUUCCCAAGAGUUACUAAUUUUCGACAGAGCGGCGCCUUGCUAUCCGUUAAGUAAUUUCAGACCAGUACCAGUACGCAAAGGAACUUGUAUUCUUAUCCACGGCCAGGUGGUCCACUUUUCUUAUUCAAACAAGAGUGAGACAUCGAGGCACGCUUACACUUUUCACGUGAUUGAGACGAAACAUGUAUAUUAUUCCAAGGAAAACUGGCUUCAACAACCUGCUGAAGGUUUUGCGAAUCUUUAUAAAAAUUAAUUGUAUCAUAUUAAUCGUGUUACGAAUUAUCGUCCAUUGUUUAUUGCGCAAUCUUAUUCUUCAAAAUAUUCGUUUCUUUUCUCACUGUACAGAAAAUGAUGUUAUUAAUCCAUGAUGAUGACAUUAAUCCAUAUACACAAGAAAUAUCCAUAUAUUAAAAAAUAAAACAAAUUCUUAGUUUACAUAAUUACAAAAAAAUAUCGAUAGCACCAAUGAAAAAUGU